AUGGCGACCCUUGAAGCCAUGAGCGAAGAUGACAGCCCAUCCUCCACUAACCUGGAAAUUCAGACCAGAGGCUGCACUUUGGCAGCCCUGGGGACCAGUAAGCUCCUGAAAAGCAUGGCCAAGGUGAAGAAUGGUAUAAAUGCUGCUGGUUAGUCCAAGGAGCUCACUAAUGAGUAUGAGACAAGAGCAGUAGUUUUCCAUCCAGACACAAAUUCUGUAUCAAAAGUUGAAGAUGUGCAAGUGGGGUUGAAAAAGCCUGUGGAGAAGAGUAAGAAACUCUUCUUAUAUUAUGUGUCUUUCUUCACUUCCCCCUUUGUGGUCUUCUCCUGGAACGUCAUCUUCUACAUUGCUUUCCUGUUGCUCUUCGCCUAUGUGUUGCUUAUGGAUUUCCAGAAGGAACCCACGGCCCUGGAGAUCAUCCUUUACGUGCUGGUCUUCAUUCUGCUUUGUGAUGAAGUGAGACAAUGGUACAUGAAUGGCAGCAAGUAUUUCUCAGACCUGUGGAAUGUUAUGGAUACCCUUGCAAUCUUCUAUUUCAUAGCAGGAAUUGUGUUCAGGCUUCACUCUGAUGAAAGCUCUUGGUAUUCCGGGAGAGUAAUUUUCUGUUUGGACUACAUAGUUUUUACCCUGAGGCUCAUCCAUAUUUCCACAGUUAGCAGGAAUCUAGGACCCAAAAUUAUUAUGCUGCAGAGGAUGAUGAUAGAUGUCUUCUUCUUCCUCUUCCUCUUUGCUGUGUGGAUGGUGGCCUUUGGUGUAGCUAGGCAAGGCAUCCUGAGGAAGAACGAGCACCGCUGGGAGUGGAUCUUCCGCUCGGUCAUUUACGAGCCCUACCUAGCCAUGUUUGGCCAUUACCCUGAUGAUAUUGAUGGUACCACCUACAACUUCGACCACUGCACUUUUUCUGGGAACGAGUCCAAGCCCUUGUGCGUGGAGCUGGAUGCCAACAACCAGCCCCGCUUCCCGGAGUGGAUCACCAUUCCCCUUGUGUGCAUUUACAUGCUCUCCACCAACAUCCUCCUGGUCAACCUGCCCGUGGCCAUGUUUGUUUACACUGUUGGAUCAGUGCAAGAGAACAAUGACCAGGUGUGGAACUUCCAGUGCUUUUUCCUGGUGCAGGAAUACUGCAGUCGCCUGACCAUCUUUGCCUACAUAUUCAUGAUGCUGAGGAAAUGCUUCAAGUGCUGCUGUAACAAAGAAAGCAAAGAUCCAUCCAUUUGUUGUGAGCUCAAGAAUGAGGACAAUGAAAUCCUGGCAUGGGAAGCUGUCAUGAAGGAAAAUUACCUUGUCAAAAUCAAUACAAAAGCAAAUGAUUCAUCAGAAGAGAUGGUGCAUCGAUUCAGACAACUGGAUGCAAAGUGAUCUGGGUUGGAAAGGAUCGUGAAGAGCAUCUCAUCCCAACCCCCUGCCACAGGGAAGGAAGACCUGUUGAUGUUCUCAUGGAAUUCGAUGAAGGGGCUUGUGAAGUGUAAGGGAUCAUCCAAGCUCCACGUCCUCCCUAACCAGGAACAAGUUUCUGGGAAGCACCUGAUGCCUGUGGCUCAGGAUGCAGAACCUUACGUGGUCAAAGAGCAGCAGGAGUGCCUCAGCGAGCUUCGGGGCAGUGGUGCUGGAUACCAGGAUGUCUUGGUGCUGGAGCACAUUCAUGAACACACAGAGGCUCAUGCUGACCACCUCCACAUCUGCAUCCCCCAGCAGCUCCAGAAGCCUUUAGGAUAG